CGCUCUUCUCUCGAGAUGCGCAAAUGAACGCGUCAGCAGCAGGACUUUCUCUCAGAAAGGACGACUCUUCGUUAGCUUUAAUGUUUACGUGCACAUGUCUUAUUCACUUAAGGUCACGCCAAGAUAAGAUGAACAGUCUUUAUGAGGAGAGACUUUGACUCAAUGCCGUUGUUCAGUCUGCACAAGUGUUUGAUUUCCUAGUCGGCUUGCUUUCUCAUCGCCGUUAGUGACGGGCUCGAAUCUGCGUCGCGACCGAAAUCACCGGCAGAUGAAGCAUAACCUGCACGUUUGUUCACGAUGGACCUGGAGGCUUUUCGUUUGGGCUGCUAAACCCAGAAACUUUAUUCUCGCGCCGAAAGACACGUGUGAAGAUUCGACAGCAACAUUAGAAGCAUGAAGUGAAACUCUUCCCAGAAGUUCUGGUGAAUGGCUCGGCGCGGGGAAGCUCCGAAAGACUCCCGGAGCGUGCAAUAAAAGCCACAUCAGCUGAACGGUGCUGGGUGAAGAUGUUUCCCGAAGAAGCUAAUUUCAGUUACACUUCAAACGGCACGGACGAGGACUUGCUCUCGGCUCUGGGCGACGACUGGAGCGACACUCCGGCCGAGAAACUGUCACGGACGGGACAUAAUGUGGUCGCCUGUAUUUUGGGAUCUAUUUUGCUAUUCGGGAUCCUGAACAAUUUCGUCGUGCUCGUUCUGUUUUGUAAAUUCAAGACCCUGCGGACUCCUGUGAACAUGCUCCUGCUCAACAUCAGUGUGAGCGACAUGCUGGUCUGUCUGUUCGGGACCACGCUCAGCUUCGCGGCCAGCAUCCGGGGCAGGUGGCUCGUGGGGAAACACGGCUGCAUGUGGUACGGCUUCGUCAACUCGUGCUUCGGGAUUGUAUCAUUGAUCUCUCUGGCCAUCCUUUCGUACGAUCGUUACAGCACUUUAACCGUUUACAACAAGAGGGCCCCAGACUACAGCAAACCCCUGUUGGCCGUCGGGGGCUCCUGGCUCUACUCUCUGUUCUGGACGGUUCCCCCCUUGCUGGGCUGGAGCAGCUAUGGACUGGAAGGGGCAGGAACCAGCUGUUCGGUGACAUGGACGGCCAACACCCCGCAGUCACAUUCCUAUAUCAUCUGUCUGUUCAUUUUCUGUUUGGGAAUCCCCGUGCUGGUCAUGGUGUACUGUUACAGCCGGCUCCUCUGUGCUGUCAAACAGGUGGGGCGCAUCAGGAAGACGGCGGCACGGCGGAGAGAGUACCACAUUUUAUUUAUGGUCAUCACUACAGUGGUGUGCUACCUUUUGUGCUGGAUGCCUUAUGGGGUUGUCGCUAUGAUGGCUACGUUUGGACGUCCCGGGAUCAUCUCACCCAUAGCGAGCGUGGUGCCGUCCCUCCUGGCCAAAAGCAGCACAGUCAUCAACCCUGUGAUUUACAUCCUUAUGAACAAACAGUUUUAUAGGUGUUUCCUCAUCCUGUUUCACUGCAAACACAGCUCUCUAGAGAAUGGACAGUCCUCUAUGCCUUCAAGAACUACUGGCAUCCAGCUCAACCGAAGGGCUUAUAGCAACACAGUGGCUGGCAAUGCACCUCCAUCCAUUGGUCUCCAAAACGACUGCAGCACCCCGGUCUCGGGCUGAACCAAUCCACACAAAAAUCACAAUUUGAUGUUCCAGCCCCAUUCUAAACUGCAUACUGUCCCAAAUGAUGCCAAGACAGAAAUCAUCCGUGUAGUGUUGUUGAG